CUCCAUUCUAUUCUUUCCCAUAUUCUACAAUAUGUCAACCUUAAACAACAAAACCAUAGAUUAUCACAACAAACAAAGCUAUCCUCAUUGGUAUUCACCAGAAACAGGAAUCUACAACAGCACAUAUCCUCCAAUAAACCUCCCUUCCGACCCUUUUCUCGAUGCCGUUUCCUUCCUUUUCUCGCGCCAACACGAAGGGGUUACGGCCCUUAUUGAUGCCCCAUCUGGGAUUUCAAUACCUUACUCGGAGCUCUACCCUUUGGUCAAAUCCUUCGCCUCUGGUCUCCACUCAAAGGGCGUCUCCAAAGGCGACGUGGUUUUGGUUUUGCUUCCGAACUCCGUUUACUUUCCGGUUAUUAUUAUGGGGGUGAUGUACUUGGGAGCCAUUUUUACUCCCAUGAAUCCUCUAAGCAGUGUCACCGAAAUCAAGAAACGCGUCACCGAUUGCAAGCCCUGUCUUGCUUUCACCGCCCCGGAGAAAGAGGAGGUCUUUCAAAAACUCGGGGUUGGUGCAAUUAGGGUUCCUGAAGGUGUGACCUACUUGGAUAAGAGAAGUCCAAAAACUGGUAAUUUUUCGGAUUUUUCUAAGCUUAUUUCAUGUCAUGACUUUGACAAUAUGGCUCCAAGGCCAUUGAUUAGGCAACAAGACACAGCGGCAAUAAUGUACUCUUCAGGAACCACAGGUGUGAGCAAAGGAGCUGUAAUAAGUCAUGGCAAUUUCAUAGCCAUGAUGGAGCUUUUUGUGAGGUUUGAGGUCUCACAAUACAAGGAAUUUUACUCACCUUCGGAGAUUGUUUAUUUAGUAUUUCUGCCAAUGUUCCAUAUAUAUGGACUUUGUCAUUUUGCAAUAGGAAUGUUAUCUCUAGGCUCUACAGUUGUUGUGAUGAGUAAAUAUGAUGUGAAAGAGGUGGUGAAGGCCAUUGAGAAAUAUAAAAUUACACAUCUGCCCCUUGUUCCACCAAUAUUAGCAGCCUUGACAAAGGUUGCCAAGGAUGAUAUUGAGGGUAAUGGUGGGAAAACUUUUCAAAGCUUGAAGCAGAUUUCAUGGGGGGCUGCUCCUUCAAGUAGGAAAAUGAUUGAGGAUCUUGUUCAGACCCUUCCUCAUAUUGACUUAAUCCAGGGUUAUGGCAUGACUGAAUCGACCGCAAUUGGAGCACGUGGAUUGAAUACCAAAAAGUUGAGGAAUUAUUUUUCAGUUGGACUUUUGGCACCAAACACGCACGCCAAAGUGGUUGAUUGCAGCACGGGAUCCUUGUUGCCACCUGGCAAGAGUGGUGAACUUUGGUUAAAAGGGCCAGGAAUUAUGAAAGGUUACCUAAAUGACCCAGAAACAACAAUGUCAGCAAUUGAUAAAGAUGGAUGGUUACGUACGGGUGAUAUCGUUUACAUUAACCAAAAUGGAUACUUGCAUAUAAUUGAUCGGUUAAAAGAGAUGAUCAAAUACAAAGGAUUUCAGAUUGCUCCAGCGGAUUUGGAAACUGUGUUGACUUCCCAUCCUGAGAUACUGGAAGUUGGUGUAACGGGUAUACCGGAUGAAGAAUGUGGGGAGAUACCGGUGGCAUUCGUGGUUAGGAAGCAAGGAAGCAAGCUUUCCCAUAAAGAUGUCAUGGACUAUGUGGCUUCACAGGUUGCACCAUACAAGAAGAUCAGAAAGGUGAUAUUUACAAAUUCAAUACCGAAAUCUCCGGCCGGAAAGAUCCUCCGGAGGGAACUCAAGGAGUCCUUAACUUCUAAACUCUAAGGCCAUGUUAAUUUGGUUCAUUUUAUUAUAGAUACAUAUAUUUUUAUAGUAUAAUUUUGCAGUAUCAUUUUUUUAAAGGUCCCUAUCAUGCGUGUUAUACUAUAUAUUUGUUGUGUGUGUGUAUUUUUUUUUUCUUUUUAUGCUUAAAGCAUAUGUUGUGUUU